UUAUAGAAAAACCUCACUCUUUCUAUACUCACUGUUGAUUGCGGCUAGGGUUUGCCAACAUCUCUCUCUUCUGUUGAUUCUCUCUCCCCACUUCUGUUCAAGAGACAUAGAUCCGUUGAUUCCAAUAUGAAUACGAGGUUAAAUUAAAGGCUUACUUAUAAAUAAUCUAAAAAAACAAGGUUGCGCUUGGUGCUGUUGCUCAAGAGAUGGCGACGAUAAACUCUUUUGAUCUGCUGGGCGACGAUACCGAGGACCCCUCACUCCUCGCGGCUCAGCAGAAGAUCGAGCCGAAGAAAACCGUUGCACCACCGACUAAGCAGCCGGCGCAGCCAAAACUCCCCUCCAAGCCGGUACCCCCGGCUCAGGCUGUCCGAGAGGCAAAAUAUGAUUCUGCACGAGGAGGUGGACGGGGUCGAGGACGUGGAUAUGCUCGUGAUGGUGGUGCGCGUCCUAAUAGAGACUUUUCCAACAAUGAAAACUCAUAUGGCAAUAAGGAAGUAUUUGCUGCUCAGGGUGCACCUGAUGAGGUUGAUGGAAGGUCAUCUGAAAGGCGUGGUGGCGGCUAUGGUGGACCUCGUGGUUCAUUUUCUGGUGGCCGUCGAGGUGGUUACAGCAAUGGAGAUGCUGGUGAAGGAGAUCGAGACCGCACUCGAAGGCCUCUCGAGCGCCGUAGUGGAACUGGCCGUGGAACUGAGAUGAAACGAGAAGGGUCAGGUCGCGGAAACUGGGGAAUGCCUACUGAUGAAUUGGCACAAGUGACUGAGGAAGUUGGCAAUGAAGACGAGAAAAAUCUGAAUGUGGAGAAGCCCUCGGGAGAGGAAGAUACUGCUGAAAAUGUAGAAAAGGAAGGUACUAAAGAGGAAAAUGAAGAGAAGCCUGAGGAUAAGGAGAUGACACUGGAAGAGUAUGAGAAGCUUCUUGAGGAGAAAAGGAAGGCUUUGCUUGGUCUUAAGUCUGAGGAAAGGAAGGUUGAUGCAAAAGAAUUUGAAUCAAUGCAAGCACUCUCAAACAAGAAAGCUAAUGAUGAUGUCUUCAUUAAAUUGGGCUCCGAGAAGGAUAAAAAGAAAGAGUUGGCUGAGAAAGAAGAGAGAGCUAAAAAGGCUGUCAGCAUCAAUGAAUUCUUGAAACCUGCUGAGGGUGAGAAGUACUACAGCCCUGGUGGUCGUGGACGAGGUCGUGGCCGUGGCGCUAGAGGAGGAGGCUUCAGUGGGCCAAGCGACAGGAGCACUUUCCAAGCACCAGCCAUCGAAGACCCUGGGCAGUUCCCUACCUUGUGUGGUAAAUGAGAUCUGCCGCUCGUCGUUAUUUAUUGCAACAUUGAUUCUCAGUUUUGCUUUGUGAAUCUGGAAACACGUUUUAAUUGUUUGUUUUGACAUUACAUUAUUGCCUUUUAUUUACCCGUUUUUACAUCCCUUGUCGAAUGUGUUGUGCGCUUAAUCCAUCGACUUGUAAAUUACCUAAGAAACAGCGAAAACAAAUUAUUCGAAAUUUUAAUGUUA